GGGGAAACCUGGGGGAUAGCCAGGUAGCCGGGCCCUAGACCGCAUCGUCUGCUGGUGAGCUGAGGGGAGCCUUUCAGGAGUGAGGGGUAUCUGUGAUCCUGGCCCCAGGACAGAUCCUGGGGGCUGGGAUGCUGGGUAAAGAAGGGUGAUGUGUUUGUGUGUGGGGUGGGGCGGGGCGAGAUGUUGCUGACAUCUGCUUCAGUAUCUCUGAGUCCUUGGGACUUAGGACCCAAUUAAGCUGGGACCCAAUUAAGCUGCCCUUUGGGCUUGUUUCAUCGCUGCAGGGGAGCCCCGAAAGCACUGCCAGGAUGUGGGUUUAGUCCUUUAUGGACACUGAGUCCCUGUGCCCUGGACAUUCCCUCUUAUUGGCUUUAUGAAUCUGCGUAUUAAGCCAAAUGUCCCUGUUUGCUUUGGAAAACAUGAUCAUGGUAUUUAUGGGUCGGCUUCCCUUCCCCUUGGAGAUCAAGCACUUUCUCUCUUGACCAGUAGAGGGCAGUCACUGACAGGACGAAGCGGGGUGGGGGUGGCGGUGCAGAAAGGUGGCUGUUUUCUGGGGCUGGGAGAAGAGGUCUAGGAGCUGGCCUGACCUCUGACCCCUGACCAUGCUUUGCUUUUCUCCACAGCCUCCCACAGCUGUAUUGCUGAGCAAGCUACUGAGGCUUGUUCUUACCUGAUGUGCAAGGGAACAGGCAGGCAUGGGGUUCCGGUGGAUUUGGGGCACAUCUUUCAGGGGGUGGCUAUAAUUUUCAGUCUGGCCAUUCCAAUCCAGCAGUCCCCCAACUUGCGGUAGAGGGAAUAAUCCUGCUUAAAUUGUCCCUUGAAGUCAGGUCCCUGGAUCUCCUUCAGAAUGGUGCUUUGUGGGAAAUAAGCAAUAGGCUUCUCUGUGCUGUGGGCAUUGUGAGCCAGCGUUUGCGGGAAAGUCAGCUCCAGUGUGACCUUGACCCGACUUCAUCUUGUCCAUUAGCUCUGACUCCAUUCUCAGGAUGGUGAUUCACUGGCACUGAAGGGAGGCUGCACCUGGCUGGCCUCACAAGCUUUGGGUGGUGGUGGAUGACAUGACAGGGGGAUGGGAAAGAGGACUGAUUGCUGGGGGUGUCCCAUUUCCCCCCUCCCUGAGUCAGAUCUGGAAACGGCUGCCCCUGCAGGCACCUCCCCGCCAGGGAGGUCAAGCACUGAGAGAGAGGCCCUGGAAAGAGCCUGGGAUGCUGACUCCCCAAAACUCAACCCCAGCUGCCUACUCCACCAGCCAGCUGGGACUCCCAGAGCUGGUGGCCAGCUGGAUAGGGACAAGAGAGCAGUGUGCAAGAAACAGGGGCUCCCUGGGCACGGCUGGGAGGGGGGUGCUGAGGGAGCCUGAGAGGACUUCCUGCAGCUGUCAGGUGUGUCUGGGGGCUGUAGCGAGGGGGGUGUAAGAGCAGCUGGCGCCCUUGAGGAGGGCCAGAGGGAUCACUUGUCAGCUCUAGGAAUGUGUAGGUUCCACGGGGGCUUCAUGGGGUGACUGCAGUUCCCUCUAGCUGGGGCUGUUGUCUGUGUGUGUAGGUGCUAUUCAGGAGACAUCCUAUGGCCCGGAAUCCUCUAGCUUUGGCUGGGGGCAUCGCAGGGUUUAGGGGCAUAUUUGUGUGUUUUGAGGGGGCUUUGGAUCUUGGCCAGCUGGACUGGGAGAUUCUUCCCCCCACCCCGGCUCUUGGCUGGACUGCCCCGCUCUGGCAGGCUGCCGGACUCCUAUUUCCGUCGGGCACCAGGGUAACAGGGCCACAUUAGGGCCUGAGCCAGGAGACGCCCAGCCAAGGCUGGGACUGGGAGAUGGGGGAGGGUCUCCGAAGGGUCUGCCUGCAAGGUCCAGGACCGACUCUCUGGUGUCCAAGCCCCCAGCUCAGGCUGUGCACUAAGCCCUCACAGCCCCAGACAAGCGCGACGGGGGCCUCUUUGUAUAUUGCUGCCUGAUUGACCUGGCCCCCACCCUAAAAUCCCAGGGGUUGUCUGCAGCUCUGGGGGCUGGGGUGGAAGCCAGAGACAGGGGCCUUGUGUGCGGGGAGGAGGUGGGGGCAGCGCGGGUGGCUGGGAGGAAGAGUCCCCCCAUUCCCGCCGCCCUCUUGGCAGUGAUUCAGAAAGGUCCUUUUUCAGCCAGUGUCAGAGCUGCUCAGCUGCGGAGGGAGGGGGGAGGGAGGCGGGCUGUCGGGGGAGCCAGGGAGUAGGGCUGGAGCCGUGACCACUGCACUGGAGAGAAGACAGAGAAACAGGACCGAGGACCCAGGCUGCAGUCAACUGAGAGAAGAACUAACUCUCUCCUGCCAGGGUAGCCAGCUGUGGAAACAGCUGUAGAGCAGAGAAAAGGGGACCACCCUAUUCUUCUGCUCCAUUUCCCACCCCUGGUGUGGGAUUUGGGGGGUCUCUGGGGCAGACCUCUGGCCACCUUCACUUCUGGGCAGAACCUGAAAUUCAGGAGCUGAGACCACUGCCCACCCCACCUCCCUCGGGCCAGAGCCCCGGUGACCUGGUCAGGGGGUCCAGCUCCGUGGAGAUGCCAGCAGCUCGUCGGUUCCCUGGCCUAGAGCUCUCCUUCCCUCUUCUGGCCAGACUCCGGCGGAGACUCUACACAAGGCUGGGGAGCAGCAGCAUGCAGCCGGAGGAGGGCACAGGCUGGCUGCUGGAGCUGCUGUCCGAGGUGCAGCUGCAGCAGUAUUUCCUGCGGCUCCGCGACGACCUCAACGUUACCCGCCUGUCCCACUUUGAGUAUGUCAAGAAUGAGGACCUGGAGAAGAUUGGCAUGGGCCGGCCUGGCCAGCGGCGGCUGUGGGAGGCUGUGAAGAGGAGGAAGGCCAUGUGCAAACGCAAGUCCUGGAUGAGCAAGGAUGAAGAGCAGCCGACUCCCUGGGGAGGGUGGAGACAGACAGCGCCAAAUGGGCAACCCAGAGACGGGGCCAGGGCUAAAAAUGGACAGGAGGUGUUUGCAAGGGCCCCUAGGGCUCCUGCCCAUCUGCUCGGGUGUUCAGUGGAAAGCGGCUGGAGGCUGAGUUCCCCCCUCAUCACUCUCAGAGCACCUUCCGGAAGACCUCACCCACCCCCGGAGGCCCAGCAGCAGAGGGGUCCCUGCAGAGCCUCACCUGCCUCAUUGGGGAGAAGGACCUGCAUCUCUUUGAGAAGCUGGGAGAUGGCUCCUUUGGCGUGGUGCGCAGGGGCGAGUGGGACGCCCCCUCGGGGAAGACGUCCCCACUCUGGCCAGGUGAGUGUGGCUGUGAAGUGCCUGAAGCCUGAUGUGCUGAGCCAGCCAGAGGCCAUGGAUGACUUCAUCCGGGAGGUCAAUGCCAUGCACUCGCUUGACCACCGAAACCUCAUUCGCCUCUAUGGUGUGGUGCUCACGCCGCCCAUGAAGAUGGUGACAGAGCUGGCACCUCUGGGAUCGUUGUUGGACCGGCUGCGCAAGCACCAGGGCCACUUCCUCCUGGGUACCCUGAGCCGCUACGCUGUGCAGGUGGCUGAGGGCAUGGGCUACCUGGAGUCCAAGCGCUUUAUUCACCGUGACCUGGCCGCCCGCAAUCUGCUGUUGGCCACCCGUGACCUGGUCAAGAUCGGGGACUUCGGGCUGAUGCGAGCACUACCCCAGAAUGACGACCACUACGUCAUGCAGGAGCACCGCAAGGUGCCCUUUGCCUGGUGUGCCCCUGAGAGCCUGAAGACUCGCACCUUCUCCCAUGCCAGCGACACCUGGAUGUUUGGGGUCACGCUGUGGGAGAUGUUCACCUAUGGCCAGGAGCCCUGGAUUGGCCUCAAUGGCAGUCAGAUCCUGCAUAAGAUUGACAAGGAGGGGGAGCGUCUGCCCCGGCCCGAGGACUGCCCCCAGGACAUCUACAAUGUCAUGGUUCAGUGCUGGGCUCACAAGCCAGAGGACAGACCCACCUUUGUGGCCCUGAGAGACUUCCUGCUGGAGGCCCAGCCCACUGACAUGCGGGCCCUUCAGGACUUUGAGGAACCAGACAAGCUGCACAUCCAGAUGAACGAUGUCAUCACCGUCAUUGAGGGGAGGGCUGAGAAUUACUGGUGGCGUGGGCAGAACACACGGACGCUGUGCGUGGGGCCCUUCCCUCGCAAUGUGGUAACCUCUGUGGCCGGCCUGUCAGCCCAGGACAUCAGCCAGCCCCUGCAGAACAGCUUCAUUCACACAGGGCAUGGUGACAGUGACCCCCGGCACUGCUGGGGCUUCCCUGACAGGAUCGAUGAACUGUAUCUGGGAAACCCCAUGGACCCUCCCGACCUGCUGAGUGUGGAACUGAGCACCUCCAGACCCACCCAGCAUCUGGGCAGGGUGAAAAGGGAACCUCCACCUCGCCCUCCUCAGCCUGCCAUCUUCACUCAGAAACCAACCUACGACCCUGUGAGUGAGGACCAAGACCCCCUGUCCAGCGACUUCAAGAGGCUGGGCCUGCGGAAGCCAGGACUGCCCCGUGGGCUGUGGCUCACGAAGCCCUCUGCCCGGGUGCCGGGCACCAAAGCGGGCCACGGGAGCAGUGAGGUCACACUCAUCGACUUCGGUGAGGAGCCCGUGGUCCCGGCCCCACGGCCCUGUGCGCCCUCACUGGCGCAGCUGGCCAUGGAUGCCUGCUCCUUGCUGGACAAGACCCCGCCGCAGAGCCCCUCGCGGGCCCUGCCCCGGCCCCUGCAUCCCACGCCGGUGGUGGACUGGGAUGCGCGCCCGCUGCCCCCGCCUCCUGCCUACGAUGAUGUGGCCCAGGAUGAGGAUGACUUUGAGGUCUGCUCCAUCAACAGCACCCUCGUGAGUGCAGGGCUCUCUGCUGGGCCCAGUCAGGGCGAGACCAAUUAUGCCUUUGUGCCUGAGCCGGUGCGGCUCUUCCCUGCCCUGGAGGACAACCUGUUCCUCCCGCCUCAGGGUGGGGGCAAGCCGCCCAACUCAGCCCAGACCGCAGAGAUCUUCCAGGCGCUGCAGCAGGAGUGCAUGCGACAGCUACAGGUCCCAGCCGGCUCUCUGGUCCCCUCGCCAAGCCCGGUGGGCGACGACAAGCCCCAGGUGCCCCCCCGUGUGCCCAUCCCCCCGAGGCCCACACGCCCACGUGGGGAGCUGUCUCCAGCCCCCUCGGGCGAGGAGGAGAUGGGGCGGUGGCCUGGACCUGCCUCCCCUCCCCGGGUACCACCCCGGGAGCCCCUGUCCCCACAAGGCUCCAGGACCCCCAGCCCCUUGGUGCCACGCGGCAGCUCCCCGCUGCCACCCCGGCUCUCCAGCUCACCUGGGAAGACCAUGCCCACCACCCAGAGCUUCGCCUCAGACCCCAAGUAUGCCACACCCCAGGUGAUCCAGGCACCUGGCCCCCGGGCUGGCCCCUGCAUCUUACCCAUCGUCCGUGACGGCAAGAAGGUCAGCAGUACCCACUACUACCUGCUGCCUGAGUGCCCACCCUACCUGGAGCGCUACCAGCGCUUCCUGCGUGAGACCCGGAGCCCCGAAGAGCCGACCCCCAUGCCUGUGCCCCUGCUGCUGCCCCCUCCCGGCAUCUCAGCUCCUGCUGCCCCCACUGCCACCGUUCGACCAAUGCCUCAGGCUGCCCCAGACCCCAAGGCUAACUUCUCCACCAACACCAGCAACUCAGGGGCCCAGCUGCCAGCCCUGAGGGCCACUGCUCGGCUGCCACAGAGGGGCUGCCCCGGGGACGGGCCAGAGGCUGGACGGCCAGCAGAGAAGAUCCAGAUGCUGCAGGCCAUGGUGCAUGGGGUGACCACAGAGGAGUGCCAGGCGGCCCUGCAGAGCCACAGCUGGAGCGUGCAGAGGGCUGCCCAGUAUCUGAAGGUGGAGCAGCUCUUUGGUUUGGGUCUGCGGCCGCGAGGCGAGUGCCACAAAGUGCUGGAGAUGUUCGACUGGAACUUGGAGCAGGCUGGCUGCCACCUGCUGGGCUCCUGCGGCCCAGCCCACCACAAGCGCUGAGAUGUCUGGAGACCCAGAGGAUCUGCCCCGAAGGAAUCAUUUGAGCCUGUCCAUCUGACGAGGGUGGGGAGACGCCCUGCCGGGCCUGGAGGACCUGCUGCACCUGCUGCCCCCAGUGGCAGAGCGAGGCCAAGGCAGCAGGAGGCUGGGAGCCCCGCCUUGCCUGUCCCUCCCUCACCCAGCGCUGUCCCUGCAACUUCGGAGCUCUCAGUGCACCCAGCCGAGGUGCAGGAGGGAGCCUCUUGUAGGCAGGCCUGGGGGUGGCCUCAGAAGGCCCUGUGGCUGACCUGCCUCUGGCUUCAGUCCCUGGUGGGGCCUGUAGCUGAAAUGUGUUGCCAGGCCCUGCCGGCGGGGAAGCCAGGCUUGACCCCGGGCAGGGAGGAUGUGUUGGCCAUGCAGAAAGGUGGACCAGCACCCAGGGCGGGGGGCGGGGGCCCUCCCCAGGGAGCCCCUGGCGGCAGUUGGGGUGUCGGACGGAAUGUGACUUGUGGCCUCACCAUGGACGUGUUAUGGGACUUGGCUGGUGUUAGGAUCUUGUGCCUGGAAAUAGCCUGAGGUGGCUCAGGUAGCAGAGCUAGGGUGCCAGAUCGUUCUCUGGCAGGGACCAGGGCCCAAGGCCCCAGGGUUGGAAGGAGACCAAGGGGGCAGCUGCCCUGGAGGGACACCAGUGCUUCCUCUGACCCAGCUCUUCCCCUGUGCUGUUCUUUGUUUUCCCACCAGCCUCUUGCCAAAGUUUCUGCCCCGGCUAUGAAUAUCUGCUUCUUCCAGAGAAAUAAAGUUAGUUUCUAUUUUAUGUUA